AUGUCUGAAGAAGGAGCAGCAGUGCCCUCAUCCUCUAAGGGAUCAUGGACCGGGUUCCUCAAGCAGCUCGCUUCAUUCAAUGGAGACUUGUCCACAAUGACUGCGCCUGCGUUUAUCCUGUCCACCACUUCGCUCACCGAGUUCUCUGCCUACUGGGCGGAGAUGCCACGCCUCCUAGUCGCCCCGGCCGCUGAGAAAGACCCUCAGAAGCGUGCACUCCUGGUCACCAAAUGGUUCCUCAGCACACUCAAACAACAGUACGCAAGCCGGAAUGAAAAGCUUGGUAGUGAAAAGAAGCCACUCAACCCAUUUCUGGGCGAGUUGUUCCUGGGAAAGUGGGAGGAUACAGAAGGCGAGACACAUCUCGUUAGCGAACAAGUCUCCCACCAUCCACCGGUGACUGCAUACAGCAUCUGGAACGAGAAGCACGGCGUGCGUCUUCAGGGAUACAAUGCACAAAAGGCCAGCUUCCGCAGCACCAUCAAUGUGCGACAAGUUGGGCACGCAAUUCUGCACAUCGAUGCCUACGACGAGGAUUACCUCAUUACUCUUCCGUCCUUGCACAUUGAGGGUCUGAUUCGUGGCUCUCCAUACGUGGAAUUGAACAAGAGCAGCUACAUUGUUUCAUCUUCAGGCUACACCACAAGAAUUGAUUACGCUGGAGCAGGAUGGGUGUCGGGUUCCAAGAACAGUCUAUCAGCCGUUGUUUUCCCACACGGCAAAGAGAAGAGCAAGUCUGACGUACUGUACACCAUCGAGGGCAGCUGGAGCGACUCCUUCACCAUCAAGGACGCUGGAAAACACGUAGUCGACCGCUACGAUGCCAAGUCUGAGCCCAAGUCUGUUCUCAAGGUCGCUGACAUUGCAAAUCAAGACCCUCUCGAAUCACGACGGGCGUGGAAAAAGGUUGCAGACGCAAUCCUCAAAGGUGACAUGAAUGCAGUUGGGCACGAGAAGACGCUGUUAGAGGAGCAACAGCGGGCACUUCGCAAACAGGAAGCUGCUACCAACCAACCAUGGGAGCGAACGUUUUUCACCAAGACCAACAACAUCACUAUCGCUGAUAAACUCAUUCGUGAAGUCCCGCAUGGUUCCCUGGAGCAAGACCAGACGGGUGGCGUGUGGUUGUUCGACUCCGCCAAGGCGAGCAAUGCUAAGCCGCCGUACAACGCGCUGAGUGAGACAUUGAAGGAUGGCUGGAAAUGA